AUGGCUCCCGUUCCUCGCUCCUACUCCAAGACCUACAAGGUCCCUCGUCGCCCCUAUGAGUCGGCUCGUCUUGACUCGGAACUGAAGGUUGUCGGCGAGUACGGCCUGCGCAACAAGCGUGAGAUCUGGCGUGUCCAGCUCACUCUGUCCAAGAUUCGUCGUGCUGCUCGUGAGCUGCUCACUCUCGACGAGAAGGACCCCAAGCGUCUCUUCGAAGGCAAUGCCCUGAUUCGCCGUCUGGUGCGCAUCGGUGUGCUCGACGAGUCCCGCAUGAAGCUCGAUUACGUCCUGGCCCUGAAGUCCGAGGAUUUCCUGGAGCGCCGUCUGCAGACCUGCGUGUACAAGCUUGGCCUGGCCAAGUCCAUCCACCACGCCCGUGUCCUGAUCAAGCAGCGCCACAUCCGUGUCGGCAAGCAGAUCGUCAACGUCCCCUCGUACGUGGUCCGCCUCGACUCCCAGAAGCACAUCGACUUCGCCCUGACCUCGCCCUUCGGUGGUGGCCGCCCUGGCCGUGUCCGCCGCAAGAAGGCCAAGGCCGCCGAGGGUGGUGAUGGUGACGAGGAGGAGGAAGAGGAGGAGUAA